CAAACUCCAGCUAGUUUUGGCCCGGAUGUUUGUGGAAAGUAAGGCUCGGCGUCCCCACGUCCUGGUUUAAGACAGUCACCUCCGGCGGCGCUUUAGCAGCUUCCGGCGCUACCUGUGUGUCCAGAGCCUGGCGGUUGACGCCGCUCGCUCUAGGCCGUCGGACUCCGGCUGUGAUCCCAGGAAUUCCGUGUGUGCUGCGGUGAAGCUCGUCAGCCCGCCAACAUGGCGAUGCAAGCGGCCAAGAGGGCGAAUAUUCGCCUUCCUCCUGAAGUAAAUAGGAUUCUGUAUAUAAGAAAUUUGCCAUACAAAAUUACAGCUGAAGAAAUGUAUGAUAUAUUUGGGAAAUAUGGACCUAUUCGCCAAAUCAGAGUAGGAAAUACACCUGAAACUAGAGGAACUGCCUAUGUGGUCUAUGAAGACAUCUUUGAUGCAAAGAAUGCAUGUGACCAUCUGUCAGGAUUCAACGUGUGUAACAGAUACCUUGUGGUUUUGUAUUACAAUGCUAACAGGGCAUUUCAAAAGAUGGACACCAAGAAGAAGGAGGAACAGUUGAAGCUUCUCAAGGAAAAAUAUGGCAUCAACACAGAUCCACCAAAAUAAGCUUCUGUAUUUUCGUUCUGGACUAAAACCUACAAAGGCCCACUUACUUUCUUUUUUCUAUUCUUUAAAUGAUACUGAAUAUUGUUUUGUUUUUUUUAUUUUUAAGACAAAAUGAAUGACUUGCUUAAAGCCAUGCACAUUGGCUUAUGCCAUUAAUCUCAACAUUUGAGAGGCUGAGAUAGGAGGAUCAAUGUGAAUUUGAGACCAUCCUAGGUCUAUAGAGUGAGUUAGCCUGGGCUAGGGUGAAACCCUACAUUGAGGAAAAAAAAAAAAGACAGGGAGAGACUUGCUUGAAACUCUCAUACAUACUAGAAUAUAUUAUGUUAAUAAACUUGUAGCUUUUUGUAA